UUUCCAUCUCAGAGAAAGUAAGAAUUUAUCAUCAGGAUGGUUGACAUCAUUAAGCCAGCUAGUAUGGUCCUUGAUGUGAUCAAGGAGAUAUACACCAUUGUGGAGAAAGUGAAGUCCUUUAAGAGUAGCAGCGAGACUCUUCAAGGUCGGAUUGCAAAAUUGACACCAGCCAUCAAGAAACUCGCCACCAGUGAGAACAAAGAAAUGAACCAAAAGAGUCUGAAGAAAGCAGCAGUGGAGGGUCUGCUGGUACUUGUAGAGAAGAUCAAAAAUUUCCUCGCCUCACUUACAGAUGACUCCUUCUUCAAGAAGUUUGUAAAUGCAAACAAGAUUGGAAAACGGUUCGACGAAUACAGCGAGCAGUUGGAUAAUCUAUUGAAUGAUUUUCAGUUUCUUUCGCUCGUGCAAAUCGAAGAGGCGAGUUUCAAUCGCAUUAAACAAGAUGAAGAAGACCGUAAGGAAGAUCUGAAAUAUUUUCUUCAAAACACACAACGCCUCGAAGGACUAGAAUUGGGUCAACAACAAAUCACCGAUGAAAUAAGGAAAACGUCGGAAAAAUCAGAACACAAUUUUUACCCUGGACAAGAUGGUGGACCCAAAGAAAUUGACAUGCACAAGCUGGAAAAUAAAACAGAGCUAUCUGGUGAGAGAUUCAUCUACAAGGCUUCAUAUAUGAAGGAAACGGUCGUCCUGAAGGUUUAUGAAGAAGGGUCGAAUUUGAACGAAGAGCCUAUGAUCAUUAUGGAGUAUAUGGAGCGGGGCAACCUUCGUCAUGUUCUAGACACCACCGACCCAAGUAUGCUUCCGUUUCAUAGGCGCAUUCAGAUGGCUCUGGAUGGCGCCCUCGGACUUUAUCGCAUCCAUAACAUGGAUCGAGCCAUGGUUCACCGUGAUUUGGCAAGCCACAGGUUUCUCGUCAAUGCCAAGUGGGAAGUGAAGGUGAUCUGUCAUUUAGCCUUUGAGUUUUUUCACUAA